GUAGCAGAUCACCAAUAUAAAGUGAGGGCUCACUGGUGAAGGUGGAUCAAACACUCCACCACACUCCAAACCUGUGCACACAAUAUUCUUGGUUUCGCUCUCGCCUCUGCCCUACAGCAAGCAGCUGUAGCUCUUGUUCCGGUCAGGAAAGGAAAAGCUAGCGCGUGGAAGAAGAGGAAGGAAUCCGCAGAGAUACCCGGCCAUGAAAGUUACCACACUCGGACAGUUACUCCUCUUGAUAUUAUUGGUGACUUUCAGUGCACAAUAUGUGGUCGUCAUCGGCAGCUCAUCCUCCGUACAUGGUAACGAGACAGAUUAGUUAUCACUGCUUGGAUUCAAGGGCGCAAUCAGCCUCGACCCGCAGCAAGCCUUGAUGUCCUGGAAUGAUAGCACCCACUUUUGCGAUUGGGAAGGUGUCGUGUGCAGGGUGAAGGCUCCACCCCGUGUCACUUCCCUAAACCUUACAGGUCGAGGGUUGGUAGGACAUAUCUCUCCUUCACUUGGGAACCUAACCUUCUUGCAAUCUCUGGCCUUGACAGAGAACACACUCGCCGGAGAGAUCCCAUGCAUCAUCCCUUGGUCACAUGCAUCGCCUCGAAACCUUGCACUUGAACAGAAACACGCUGCAAGGAAGGAUACCGAGUUUUGCAAACUGCUCAAAGCUCAAGGAGUUGGAUGUUUCGGUUAACAAUCUAGUUGGCCAAUUUCCCGGUGAUUUGCCUCCUCAUCUUCACAUGCUGCAAGUUUCAUUUAAUAACCUUACUGGCAUCAUCCCAGCUUCUCUGGGUAAUAUCACAACACUAGUCUUCAUUAGUUGCGCGCAUAAUCGAAUCAAGGGAAAUAUCCCAAGUGAGUUUGCAGGUUUGCCAGGCUUGCAGUACCUGUAUGCGGGUGCAAAUCAGCUAACAAGUAGGUUUCCACAAGCCAUCUUGAAUGUUUCUACUCUCAUCGGCCUUGGCUUAACUCUCAAUGGUCUAAGUGGGGAGCUGCCACCAAAUCUUUGUACCUCUCUCGCCAAUCUCCGUAUACUUACAUUAGGUGGCAACUUAUUUCUAGGGCACAUUCCUAGUUCAUUCACUAAUGCUUCCAAUCUAAGUGUCAUUGAUUUAUCAACGAACAACUUCACCAGAUUGGUUCCCACCACGAUGAGCAAACUUACCAAACUCUCAAUGUUGAAUCUUGAAAAUAAUCAGCUCCAAGCACAUAGUGGAGAAGACUGGGAGUUUUUGGACAGCUUAGGCAACUGCACAGAGCGACAAAUAUUGUCCAUGAGUGUCAAUUGUCUAUCAGGGCAUGUACCAAGUUCAAUAGCUAACCUUUCCAACAAACUCCAGCAGACUCUGUACUUGGGAGAAAAUCAACUAUCAGGAAAUUUCCCUUCCGGCAUAGCCAACCUUCACAAUCUAGUUGCUGUGUCAGUGGGGGGGAAUCACUUCACAGGUAUCGUUCCAGAGUGGAUUGGGACUCUCAAAAAUUUGCAACAAGUAGAUUUAGCAGCAAACUUCUUUACGGGGGUCAUUCCAUCAUCCUUGUCAAACUUGUCUCAACUGGGACAGCUCUAUGUAGCCUCAAACCAAUUCAUUGGCCACAUACCGAAAAGCUUUGGUAACUUUCCAAGGCUUCAAUAUUUGGACACUGCUAGCAACAACCUUCAUGGUAGGGUUCCAAUGGAGAUAUUCAGAAUCCCGUCAAUAAUUGCAAUUGAUUUAUCUUUCAACAACCUGGAUGGACAACUUCCUACCAACAUUGGCAAUGCUAAACAACUCGUACAUUUGGUACUUUCAUCCAAUAAGCUAUCUGGAGAUAUUCCAAACACUCUGGGUGACUGUGGAAGUUUAGAAUACAUUGAGUUAGACUCGAAUAUUUUCAGCGGAAGCAUUCCCACUUCAUUAGGCAGCAUAAGAGGCCUAAAAGUUUUGAAUAUUUCUGCCAAUAACUUAACUGGUUCAAUACCAACAUCUCUUGGCAACCUACAAGUUCUUGAGAAACUAGAUUUGUCAUUCAACCACCUCAAUGGUGAGGUUCCAACAAAAGGGAUAUUCAAGAAUGCAACUGCCGUGCAAAUUGAUGGAAAUCAGGGGCUUUGUGGUGGGGUACCGGAGUUACACAUACUAGCAUGUUUUGUUAUGCCUCCAGAUUCAAUUAGGAACAAGAAAUCUUUGGUGCUAAAAGUGGUUAUCCCAAUAGCGAGUAUGGUGUCAAUUGUUAUUGUCAUAUUUUGCUUCUUUCUCCGGGGAGGGAAACACAAGAGAAAAUCUAUAUCUCUGCCAUCAUUUUCUACAAAAUUUCCCAUGGUUUCUUUCAAUGAUCUAGCCAGAGCAACACAGGGAUUCUCAGUAUCCAACUUAAUAGGCAGAGGGAGAUAUAGUUCUGUUUACCAAGGAAAACUAGUUGAAGAUGAAAAUGAGGUUGCCGUGAAAGUCUUCAACCUAGAGACAAGAGGAGCACAAAAGAGCUUCAUCUCAGAAUGUAACGCGUUGAGAAAUGUGCGGCACCGUAGUUUGGUCCCUAUAAUAACUGUGUGCUCAAGCAUUGAUUCUAGUGGUAAUGAUUUCAAGGCCCUAGUGUAUGAGCUCAUGCCGCGAGGGGAUUUGCAUAAACUACUAUACUCAACUCCAGACUAUGAAGGCUCUUCGGAUUUGAACCUUAUUACGAUUGGUCAAAGGAUAAGCAUCGUGGUGGAUGUAGCGGAUGCACUGGAGUACCUACACCAUAACAACCAAGAAGCACUGGUUCACUGUGAUCUGAAGCCUAGCAACAUUCUUUUGAAUGACAAUAUGACAGCUCAUGUUGGAGACUUUGGCUUGGCAAGAUUCAAAGUUGGUUCCACAACGUCAUCUCACGGUAACUCUUCUUCAAUUGCAGUGAUGGGAACAAUUGGAUACACUGCUCCGGAAUACGCAGAGGGUGGCCAAGUUUCAACUGCCGCAGAUGUUUACAGCUUCGGUGUCGUUCUUCUCGAGAUAUUCAUUCGAAGGAGGCCGACUGACGACAUGUUUAAGGAUGGACUCAGCAUUGUGAAGUUUACAGAGGCCAGCUUCCCUGAUAGGGUAUCGGUGAUUUUCGACCCCCAGCUGCUAAAAGAGUUGGAUGAAACUCCAAUAGCCUUCAAGGAAAAACAUGUACAUUGUCUGCUAUCUGUGCUAAAUGUUGGCCUUUGCUGCACUAAGACACCCCCAGGCGAACGCAUCAACAUGCAGGAGGUGGCUGCUAAGCUACAUGGAAUCAAGGAUGCAUAUCUCAGAAGCAGUGCCGUUGCUUCAGUGGCAGUACCUGAAUAAGUAACUUGUUGUAAUUUGUUGUGUUUAUCACAAACCAUGCAAGCAAGGACCAGCUCAACUAGUAUUGAAUAAGUAUUGCCUCUGAUGUGUUACAGCAUCGACCCAACUAGUGCACUCUGGAAAAAAUAGAUGAAUGGAAUUUCCAUGUAUCAAUAUUAUUAUCAAAGGAAUAUAUUUGACUGAUUUUUUUUUUGCCACA